UUACUCUCACUAUAUAGAGUGGGUCGAAUCGAAGAAUCGUCGCAAGAUCUCUUUCUCCAGCAAAUUUCAGUUCAAUUUCAACUCUCUAUCUACUCAAAUAUUUUUUCUCCACCCACCUCGAAAGUAACUUGAAAAUUUCGCGAAUUUGUGAAUCUAAUGAAAUUGUGAUCAUGAAGUUCGAAUUGCUUUUGGCAAAGAUAGUUCUCGUUACCUUUUGUGUUGAUAUGGUACAAUCCCAAUACUUCGAUGAUAGUCCUGAAGAACGUCGAAGAGGUGGUAACAGACGAAGACCUUGCAUUUUCAAAACCAAGAAAAAAGGAAAUCAAGAAGGGCGAACAUUUUUCGACUGGAAUUUUCAGCAAUACGACAUAAGCUACACCAACAACUACAACAUAGACUGUACUGGAGGCUCAGGAGGAGGUAGUAACAACCAUCCAGGUUUGUUAAGUUCCCAUUUUCAAGGAGGUCAGAGCCAGCAUCCAGGCAUUCUUGGAUCCCAUUUUCAAGGAGGCCCGAGCCAACACCAAGGCCUUCUUGGAUCUCAUUUUCAAGGAGGUGGACUGUUCGGGUCUCACAAUCAGAAUAGUGGAGGAAGUUUGUUAGGAUCUCUAUUCAAUAAACCUCAAGGAGGUUUGAUUAAUAAUAUUCCAGGAAUUUCACAGAUUGGAAAUGGGAUAAGCCAAACGCAGUCACAAACACAAGCAGUAAGCGACGAAUCUUCGUUCAAUCCUUCGGGAUUCCUAAAUCCUAACAGACCAAUACUCAGUGGCGUCGGUGCUCUUAUUGGAAAUAUACCACAUAAUCCAGUGGCACAAGGAAUAGGGAGUAUCGGAGAGGGAAUAGGAUCCAUUCUUCAAUUAAUCCCUCAGACUGUGCAGAGCUUCACUUCCAGUCAAAGUUCAAGUGGUGGAUUCUUUCCACAGGGAAUCUUCAGCAGCUUCGGUAACUUCUUCAACAGACCUUCGUCACAAGGUUACCCAUCUCAAGGUUCCUCUUCGCAAAGUUCUCCAUUCCCAAGCCAAAACGUACCCCAAGUGACGACCCCUAGCGACCCUGACGAUAUAAUUUACAACGACGAAACCGUCACACCUGUUAACACUAAUUAUGAUCCCGUUCCAGAUGCCUACAACAACGCAGGGAGGCCAGGAAGACCUAGACCGGGUAUAUAUUACAACCAAAAUAGUUAUUACAACAAAUUAUCCCCUUAUUCAAAGAAGAGAGGCUACUGAACCAGCCAUCUGUAAAUAAUUUCUCUGAGUGGUGAGAAAGACUCGAGGAUACACUACAAACUGUCACCAUGUAUUCUUCUUCUGUUCUCUAAUGGGAAUAAUUGGAAAAUGUGACGUUACUUCCGAAAACAUAAUUGAAUGAUCAUUUACAGUGGCUCAUUAUUUGUGACGCUGCCAAUUACCUAUUAUUAUUGUUAAUGAUUCCAAUAAAAAUGUAUUUAUUAUA